AUGUCCAACUACAACUACGACUACACUAGCACUUUGACUGAUGAAUUUGGCCAUCCAGUUGCCGACAACAACAACUCUCUCACUGCUGGUCAUCAAGGUCCAAUCCUCUUGCAAGAUACUUAUUUGAUCAGCAAGUUGGCUCACUUUGAUCGUGAAAGAAUUCCAGAAAGAGUCGUUCACGCAAAGGGAGCUGGUGCUCAUGGUUAUUUUGAAGUCACUCAUGACGUUACCAGAUUUACCAAAGCUGCCUUCUUGAAUCGUGUUGGUAAGAGAACUCCAGUGUUUGCUCGUUUCUCCACUGUAGGUGGUGAGAAGGGAAGUGCUGACAGUGAAAGAGAUCCAAGAGGAUUUGCUGUCAAGUUCUACACUGAAGAAGGAAACUAUGAUUUUGUUGGUAACAAUACUCCAGUUUUCUUCAUUCGUGACACCAUUAAAUUCCCAGACUUUAUUCACACUCAAAAGAGAAAUCCACAAUCCAACUUGAAGGAUCCUGAUGCAUUCUGGGACUUUUUGAGUUUGACUCCAGAAUCUAUCCAUCAAGUGACUGUCUUGUUCAGUGACAGAGGUACUCCAUUCUCUUAUCGUCACAUGAACGGAUACAGUGGUCACACCUUCAAAUUGGUCAAUCAACAAGGUGAAGGUUUCUGGUGUAAGAUUCACUUCAAGACUGAACAAGGAAUUAAGAACUUGACUGUUGAGGAAGCUGUUCGUUUGGCUGGUGAAGAUCCAGAUCAUGCUACUCGUGAUUUGUUCAAUACAAUCAAGCAAGGAACAUUCCCUGCAUGGAAAGUUUACUUCCAAAUUAUGCCUCUCGAAGAUGCUGCCAAAUACAAGUGGGACGUUUUUGACAUUACCAAAGUAUGGCCACAUAAGGAUUAUCCACUCAUUCCAGUUGGUAGAAUGGUUUUGAAUCGUAAUCCAAACAAUUACUUUGCUGAAACUGAGCAAUCUGCAUUCUCACCAUCGAAUUUGGUUCCUGGUAUUGAACCAUCAUUGGACAAGAUGCUUCAAGGAAGACUCUUCUCUUAUCCAGAUACACACAGACAUAGAUUGGGACCAAACUUUGCUCAAAUUCCAAUCAAUGCUCCACUCAAGGCUAAAUUGAACACUCAAUUCAGAGAUGGUUUUAUGAGUGUGAAUGGAAAUGGUGGAAGUGCUCCAAAUUAUGAACCAAACUCAUUUGGUGGACCCUAUGAGGCCAAGCAAUUGAUUGAACAUCCAACUAAGGUUUCUGGUGUCAUUACUCGUUCAAAGACCAAUCAUCCAAAUGAUGACUUUGCUCAAGCUGGAGCCCUCUAUCGUGAUGUCAUGACUGAAUAUGAUCGUUCAAGACUUGUUCACAACAUUGCUGUGCACUUGAAGAAUGCCAAGAAAGAAAUCCAAUUGAGACAAUUGCAAAACUUCUAUAAGGCUGAUAAGGAUUAUGGUCGAAGAGUCGCCGAGUUGUUGGGCCUUAACAACUUGUAA